AUGACUGUCUCCCAGAGGGUGAUUAGCUUACGAUGCUAUUCCCUCCUGCUGAGGAUAUCCGAAACAUUCAAGAAGCUAGAGGCGAAUUUGAGCGAGGAGCAUGCCCCCCAGCCACCCACUAAAGUCAACAAGGGCUACCGCCAGGAGCUACGCAACCAAGUGAUGUCUAAGAAGGAGAAGUGGGCGGUGAGUAAAGACGAAGUCAACGCCAAAAAGACUAAACCCGCCCCCAAAUUCAAGCGGAUAUCGCUGAAUUCUACCAAGAGAAGUGCCCGCAGAGCUAAAGCUGCGCCGUCUCCAUGGAAAGCGCUCGAAGUGUGUCGCGGACUGAUAUUGGUGAAUGACGAACAAGAACUGGCGCAAAAGCUAGAGAAACAAAACAUCCCUGAACUCCAUCAUCGAUUGGACCGAGCAUUGUUUAGUCCAGGCGUCCAGUGGUACCAGGAUCCGCGAACCCGCAUCUAUAAUUUCCCACCAUACUUAAAGACGAUACCCAAGGUGGAAACGUUUAAUUUCAACGCCAUCGAUCUGUUUCAAGCUCCAGGCAAAGACCCCAGUCUUGGCGAAGCAGCAGUGCGUGCUAAAAAGCAGUUCUAUCUGAGUACGUCGCUGAUGACCCAGACAUUGACCCAUUUCUACCUAUUCCUCAAUAAUUAUGAUCCCGAGCUAGAGCAGCGGUUUGAGUUCCCGAGGUUAAGCAAACUGCUCCAGAAACGACCGGCUACUGUGACGGUUCAGUACCGUCCUGAAUUCUCCAAAGAGAAACCCGUUUACCUGAUUGACUCGGAUAAGAGUACCAGCAUGACUUCUCUAUUACUGGCAAUGGGUCAUUGUCUCGAAGCAUUUCUUACUACCCCACCCCAGGAGUUUGCUGAUAAGUUCAUCGUCAAUGAUACCGAGAUGCCCAUGGAGAAAGAGCAUUCGGUAUAUAACUACCUGACGUAUCUGGAGUUUAUGAUGCGCUCCCAGCUCGAUUGUUAUGACGACAGAUUACCUGGUAACGGCACGUUUGACCUUAAAACCCGCGUGGCGGUCCCUUACCGUUACAACCCUACUCGCCACGACCAAGAUCUGGCGUACCAAGUGUUUAAGACCGAGGGCGACUUUGAACUGUUUCAACGCGAAUACACCGAUUUGAUUCGUACCGGUGGGUUUCUCAAGUACAUGUUUCAAGCGAGAAUCGGCCAGAUGGACGGCAUCUUCUUAGCCUACCAUAAUCUCCUGCAAUUCUUCGGGUUCCAGUACCUCCCCCUCGAAGUGCUCGACGAGAUCUUCUACAAUGGUAGCGCCCAAAAGCGGUUGCCCGCCAACGAAAGCGAGCUGCUCCCGCUGUACAUGGCGCAAACCCAGUUCAAACAGCUGAUCAAGCUUUGGGAGACGAUCCUCAAGCAGGUGAUUGAGGACUUACCGCCAAAGCAGCUGUUCCGCUUACUGAUAAGGCGGCAACGUGUCCCGCACGGGAAGAAACCGAAAAACGUGCUCAAGAUCAUGGCAGUGCCGGUAACCCCAGAGCAAAUCACCGAGCUCAAUCACUUCCCCCGGGCCUACAAAACGCUGUAUCGCGAGAAGCUCCUGAAGGAGGAGUUUUAUCUCCGUCGGGGCCAGCACGAGCGGGACUUGGCCGAGUACAACCGCAACUUGGUCACUCCGGCCACGAUGUCCCAGGUGCACAACUACGAGCUCGAGAUAUUGGCGUCGACGCUCGGCGAACGCAAGUACCCCGGGUGGUUCCUGGUGAUGCCGCAGCUGGGUGACCAGCCGUGGACAAUCGACUACAAGCUUUCGCGCGUGCCUCACGCCACCACUGCUGACGACUUGGAAAGUCUCAAAAGCCAGAUGGUGGCGGAGUUCACGACGCCGUUUUUCUGGCGGGGGCUCGUCGGUAAGAUGGACGCCGAGCUCAAGGCGUUCGAGCUCAUAGGCAAGCAGCGGGAAGCGGCGUGGCGUGAUAAGGACCGCGAAGAGAUCGAGUACGUCCCGCGAGAAUGA